AUGGGCGUCCUGUGGCUUGUGACAACUGCAGAUCCCGGAAAGUGGCUUGUGACCACCGACAACCUGUUUCAUGGAGCUCCGAGGACGGCCGGUCCGUCGCCGGGUCAUCGGCUUGGGUCCGCCGAGGACGACCGAGCUCUUCGCCGUGCAGAGUUCCGGCGGCAGGCUCACAUUGAUAUUCACGGUAGCAGCACAAAGGUGUCGUCAUCACCCCUGGAAACUCAUCAUCGCGUCUAUUCCAUUGAGUCACCUGUUGAUCCUAAUGGUCACCGUCACCAAUCAAUCAACCAUGACUUCGCUCCUUCGGUGACGACGACUCCAGGGGGUCAUCUGCCGUCGGAUAGGGCAUCUACGCCUUUGGACCAGGCAUCAGGGUACCUGGGCUUCACCAGCUAUUCGUCAGUCUUUGAAGAGACCGAGAAUAGUCUUUCUAUGCUUCAGGGGUUUCACGCAUGGUUGCCCCAGCCAACAAACACUAGGCUAAGACAGAACCCCGAUCAGAUUCCAAGGUACCUCUGCUCGCCGACAAAGGAAAUGUGCCUAGUUGUGCUUAGGGGCAUACCAUCUCCAAAUACUGGCCAAUUCGAGAUUAUCAAGGACUCUCCAUUCUUCCGAGAUGGUUGGCUCAGGGUGACGGCACAACGUGUGCUCUCGGAUAUACACGAAAGGUUCGGUUCAUAUCUCGGAAAUUGCCGCGUGGAUUCACAACUAGAAGACAUUGCAGUUUUCUUGAGCGAUAACACCACCAAGCCAUUCAUAGAGGGUGAACCAGAUCCUGAGAAAUGGAUCGGUCAAUUUACGGGGCCCAACUUGAGGUGGGAGUCACUUGGACUCAUCUUUGGCUACGGUGAACUAUCCUUUUCGUACAUCAGCAGAUCUCAGGAAGGAUUUGACAACGCUUCAGCAAAAGAGGAAUGGCUAGAGAUAUCUCGCGUCUGCCUCGGUCUUUGCAUGGAUUUGAGCAGGAGAUUUGCGUCGGCGAACAGCCUGUUAGCCCAGCUUGCACAGCGGCGAAGCACGCUGGAAUCCAUCCACGCGGGAGAUGCUAGCUAUUCCACAUGGAGGAGCGGAGCAGAGUCGGUGGCUUUGGCGACAUUCCUUGGGAUGCAUGCCGAGUCGAAUUCUCCAUCCUACGAGCCGUCAUUGGCCUCUGAGUCUCGACGGCGCCUUUUCGCGCAGAUGUUUGUCGGGGAAAAGCACGCAGUCUUGUUCACGGGUCGGCCACCCAGACUCUCUCAUCGUUAUGCAUUUACACCCCUUCCCCUGGACUUGCGGGACGAGGAUCUGCUCAAGGGGGGAGAGGCUCUUAGGGAGGCUGUGAAAUCACUGGAUGAGAACGGAUGGAAUACGAGCGGGAAGAUGUAUUCUGCUACUUUCACUCGAGCGAGAUACAUCAUAGCGCUUAUACAAGACGAGUUGGUUGAGAUUGGAAUAGGCAAAGUCAGACAGAAAGUUGCCGGCGCUCUUCUUCGGGAUCUCAAGGACCGGCACGUUGAGGCCGUGAAGGAAUUCCCUGCGUCUUUAGCCUACAAUCCCGCUGAUUUUGCCGACCCCGAUUCCAACGUGAAUAUGAUCUUUGCGCGAAUUUUGCUGCAGCUGGAGCAGCUACAAAACCUUUUCCUCAUCGAGAGGAUGCUAUCGAAGCACGGAGAGGUGGAUGAAGGUGGAAUAUUGCUCAUUGCCUUUCAGCUUGUCUCGUUGACGCUACUGUUUUGGACUCACAAGGACCGCUUUGCACCUUUUAGGAAUGACUUUGAGUGGCUGGUCAUGGCCUUUGCAACUCCCAGCGGUGGGAUCCUCUGCAUGGAGCUCCUCAACCCCACGUUCAAGGGAAGUCAUCCGAAGAACCCCUCGAUAACACGAUCCAACAUCAUCCAGCAUCUCAGCCUCCUCAUCGGCUUUCUCGAGUGGAUUGACCCGUCUAGGCCGAACGGCGAUUUGUGUGCGACGGCCAGCGCCGUGAUGAGGCGUGUGCUGGAUCAUGUCCUUAACGCGGCGAACGAGAACAUGAGUUGGCGGCCGGAAGCGAUGGAGGACAUGCAGCUUGACCUCAGUCUUGAGCUUUUCGAUACGUUUGAUUGGAUGAAACAUGAUGUGAUGACGAGCCAAGUGAUGGAGAACUGA